CUCUGGGUGUGUGUGCUGCAGACGGGGCUGUUAGUGUUGAUUGCUUUUCAGACAUUGCUGGCUUAGACAAACCUCUGGACACAAAGAAUCUCCUCCGGACAAGACCCGGCCAAAGCCAAGAUGGCCCAACCAGAGACUGAGGAUUUGUUUGAAAUGUCAUACAUUUAAGAAUGGUGUAUCAACACCUCAGACCAUGGGGCUCUGGCACAGUUUUUUUUUUUUUUCUUCAUUUUGGUGAAUUGGAAUAUGCAAUUAACUGAGAAACUGUGUUUGUUCUACUAUAUAAACUUCAUGAUUAAAAACUUGCUUGAGUGAAGUGUGUGGAGCCUACACAAUGGCAGAAAGGUACAGUUAACUUGACAGUGACGUUGCCAGGCCAAGAUCCUGCCGUUGCAGUUACAGCCUGGUACUGAGAGGACUUUUUGGACAGUUUGACUGCAGUGGAUGAUAUGCUUUAAUAAACCCCAGAUAGAAAUCCAUCCGUGACAGAUUUAAGAGCGUUGACUGAACCUGAAGGGGCCAUCUAGGAAGAAGAGAGGCAACCCUGGUCUGAGCUGUAACCAUGGGAACGAGGAUGGAGGUGGCACAGCUUGAAAGCAGAAUGAACAUUGAGGACUAUGGAAAGCUACAGGGCCUUUUCCUGGACCCUUUGGGUGCACCCCGCUCCUUGUCCAGAACUGAAUUUAUCGAUCUGGCUUGGUCAUCAGUUGGUUGUGGCUCCAAGGAGGAAUAUGGCCUCCUGUUUGACAGCGUGGUUGUCACUCAGGAGCACCGCGGCCUUCUCCUGGACAUCGACGCUGUGAAGGAAGAGGGACGUGUUGACUGGGGAGGCCUGUGCUCUUUUCUGCUACUGGAGCUUUCUGAUAAAGUUAAGAACACCAGAACCAGUAGUGUCCCGUGCUGGAAGCCACCACAUACUUUGAGCUGUCCGCAUCGAGACCCAGUUCAAAAGGUGUUGUACCUGCAGAGUUCAGGUCAGUAUCUGACUGUGAGUAAGGGAGGAACUGUGGGGCUGCGGGACAGAGAGGACAUGACCCUCCUGAAUACACAUCGACUGCAAAACAACACGGUCAAACCUAAAGACCUCUGGGUCACAGACAUGGUGCUGCUGCACAAUGUACAUAAGAUAGCUGUGUCUUUCACAAGUAAGGAGGUGUGUUUUUAUGACAUUCUGUCAAAACAGGACUUCAGCUGCAAGUAUAAACUCCAGGGUUUGAAGUUUACUCCCUGGUGUCUAGACUACUGGGUGGAUCCCUCUCACCCGGACCAGGCUGUCCUCACCAUAGGAGACAUUGGAGGACAGGUCAGUGCUUUAUAUUUUACUUCAGCUCAGAUCUCUCUGUUUGAGAGACUCAGUCCGAGGACGGACUUUGAUUCAGCAGACAUCAUCCAAUGGAACGAGCUGGUCAAAGGAAAGCAUCUCUCCUGUUACACUGUGACACACCAAGUGCACACGCCUGCCUGGGUUAGAAAAGUACGUUACCUGGGCUCGCUGGAAGCCUUUGUGUCGUGCAGCACCAAACCGCAGAGCAGCAUGGUGAUUGGCUGGAGGGAAAAGGAAAGCAGGAGUCUACGAGUCACUUCGUUCUUUACAAAGAGAGGUGUGUGGGACAUAGACCACCACCGUGGACUCAAUCUCAUAGCCACAGCAGGUGUGGAUCAUCAGGUCUUGCUGUGGAACCCGUAUGUGACCUCAGAGCCAGUUUGUACGCUCAGCGGGCACACAAGCCCUGUCACCGCAAUUCGCUUCAUGCAGACAAGGCAACAAUUGCUCAGCUACUCCAAAGAUAAGGUCCUGUGUCUCUGGGAUGUGUCUCGUCAGCUGUGUGUUCACCGUCUGGCCGGUGUCUUUCCAAAGACACAGGAGGAAACACACACCAUCCUGUUUCUCCACGAGGAGCGUCAACUCCUUUUACUUUCCUUCAACAGCCUGCUACUCCUGCUGGAGACCACAAAGGAGGAGAUGAGGACCAGCAGCCAUGAGCACCCUGUUACCUGUGUGCUGUAUAAUAGUCUGUUCAGACAGGUAGUUAGCAGUGACUCUGCCUCCUCUGUGAUCUGCUGGCUGGCUGACACGGGCCAAAAGGUCAAACAGUUCCACCGUUGCCAUGGCAACGCUGAGAUCUCCACCAUGGCCCUUGAUGGUACGCAGACACGGCUGUUUACUGCAGGCACUGACGGAGAGGUCAAAGUGUGGGACUUCAAUGGUCGCUGCCUCCACAGAAUGAACGCCGGCCUGGGUCGGGCUGUAGAGAUCUCCCAGGUCCUGCUGCUGAGGAGGAGUAUACUGGUGAUGGGCUGGGAAAGGAUGUUAACGGUUUUCCGUCUGCAUUCCUUCUCAAAAUCUUUUGUUGAACCGUCUGAGUGGAAGGGAGGUGUUCAGCAUCGCAGUGAUCUGCUCUGUGCCGCAUUCCAGCCUCCACAGACUCUGGUCACAGGAAGCUACGAUGGAGAGAUUAUAGUGUGGAACAACAGCACAGAAAAAGCUUUGAGGAAACUGCGGCCACAUGCCGAACAAAGAGAAGCUUUGCUCAAGUCAGAUUUCCCCGAUUUGUAUCUUGGUGUGAAUGGCAAAGAAGACUCUGAUUACUCCUUCGCCAUCACUAGAUUGUUCUUCAUACCAGGACGCGCUUCUGCAGCUGCUUCUACAGGUGGUGCAGACUUGGUGUCCUGUGGAGGUUCAGGUGUAGUCAGACUCUGGAACACCUUCCACAGCCGCCUGGUGGGACAGUUCCCAGCUCACAAUAGGGACCUUGGAUCUAUUGUUAUGACUGUCAGCCCCUGUGGAAAAUAUUUAGUCACGGCUGAUAGGGAGGGAACACUCAAGACUUGGGACAUACAGCAUUAUUGUCUUGAUCCAGAUUACGGAAUAACCAAAGAACCUCCCGAACUGCUGUGUAAUUUUCGCCCACACCUUGAUCGUGUGACUUUCCUGGAGAUGUGUCUCCAUGGCGACCGACUCCUCCUUCUUUCGGCAUCAUUGGACUGCAGUUUGGCACUUAGCUACCUGCCUGGAAAUACUGUCGGUCUGUUCGGACAGGAGGAGCAGUGGUGCUUGGAGAGACCUGGACCUCUGCACCAACAGCAGGAACCAGAGCAGAACCAGAAAGACCAGGGAGGGAGGAUGUCACCCCCAACUCCCAGGGAGACAGGACCCGACGCCUCUGCAGCGGGUGGAGAGGUGGGGAUAAAAGACUAGCAAGACCAGACAGAAGCACGAGUGGACAAGAAGAUAAAAUGUGUCCAGGCGAAGAGAUGAGUCUGUCUAAAGUGCAUCGUGCCAG